AUGGCAAGCACUGGGAUUUCUCACAUUAGGACGGUGAAAUCCAAGUUGACCGUUCGAACCAUGGGUAUGCUCGUUCGGAAGUAUGAUAUUGAUCCCCAGUUCCAUCCUCGUCUGCCGGAGGCCAACGAGGCCAUCACUGACGCCCCUGAAGGCUUAGUGGGGGUUUACCUAGUAUUCUUCAAAUCUGGACUGCGUCUUCCUGCUUUCGAUUUUCUAGAAACUGCUUUGGAUUAUUAUGGUCUGCACAUUGCCCUAAUAACCCCUAACGGCUUUCGCAAGAUUCUCUGCUUCACCCUGCUAUGUGUCACUCUGGAUGUGUCGUCGGCCAUCAAUCUGUUUGGCCAUUUCUAUUCCGAUGUCUAA